GGCAGAAGUUGGCUCACACAGCAACACAUGUGCGCGUGACUGGGAAAUCAUCGUCCACUUUCGUCAGCCGGGUUCACCAAAACAAAAUUCCGUCUCUGUAUCCUUCCAAUGUCAUUAAUAGCGGACGAACAAUUGCAUACCAACACAUAUAUAUGGAGCCAGGAGAAAGACCAGGUGACGAUUUCAUUCCUGGUUCCCGAACAUUGUAAGCCAAAGGAUCUCGACAUUGAAAUUGAGCAGCAACACGUCAAGGCUGGGCUGAAAGGUCAAGAGCCCGUGCUGAAGGUUAGUAUUUUGGAAUCAGUCUGAUAACAAAAA